GCGGCGCGGGCGGAGGCGGGGCAAGCGGUCGGUUGCUAAGACUUGUGAGGCGCAGGGCUCGCUUGCGGUCCUUCAGCACAGACGCUGCCCGGGGGCUCUGAAGGUGGCAGAUGGGCCUGGCCUUCGGGACCCAGGGUGGCCUGGAGGUGGCUGUAGGCUUCUGCCCCGCCCAGUUGUCACAGCGGAAAUGUCCGAAAAGGAGAACAACUUCCCGCCGCUGCCCAAGUUUAUCCCCCUGAAGCCCUGUUUCUACCAGAACAUCUCCGACGAGAUCCCCAUCGAGCACCAGCUUCUGGUGAAGAGAAUCUAUCGGCUGUGGCUGUUCUACUGUGCCACCCUGGGGGUCAACCUCGUCGCCUGCCUGGCCUGGUGGAUCGGUGGUGGCUCGGGGGCCAACCUUGGCCUGGCCUUGGUCUGGCUGCUGCUCUUCUCCCCCUGUGGCUACAUGUGCUGGUUCCGGCCUGUGUAUAAGGCCUUCCGAGCCGACAGCUCCUUCAACUUCAUGGCGUUCUUCUUCAUCUUUGGAGCCCAGUUUGUCUUGACCGUCCUCCAGGCGAUUGGCUUCGCGGGAUGGGGCGCAUGUGGUUGGCUGGCGGCAAUUGGGUUUUUCCAGACGAGUGUCGGAGCCGCUGUGGUCAUGCUGCUUCCAGCCAUCAUGUUCUCCAUGUCAGCUGCCAUGAUGGCCGUUGCGAUCAUAAAGGUGCACAGGAUCUAUCGGGGGGCUGGCGGAAGCUUCCAGAAGGCGCAGACCGAGUGGAACACGGGAGCUUGGCGGAACCCACCGUCUCGAGAGGCUCAGUACAACAACUUCUCGGGAAGUACCCUGCCCGAGUACCCCACUGUGCCCAGCUACCCGGCAGCCGGCAGCCAGUGGCCAUAGAGGGGCCGACCGGCCCCGCUGCCCGCCCCCCUCCCCUCCCCUGGCCAGGGCGGCGCAGCCCGCGAGCACUCGGGGACCCGCACUCGUGUUUUGUCUCGUCUUCGGCGGUGAGGUCCUCGCGAGCACCACCCAGAAACCGUUCAGCCUGUGCCGUCCGGCAGGACGCCCCCCAUGCUGCACAGCACACCCCUUCCUCUGGAGGUCUCUGGACACCCACAGGCCUCCCCAGGGAGAAGGGGCAGCAGGCCGGCCGCCUGACUUCCAGAGCUGAUGGCACAGAGAGGGACUCCACCAGGGCGUUACCCUCAGCCCUUCUUCUCUCCUUCCCGUCCCCAUGGGCGAUGGAGGGGCUUGGCCGGGUCCUCUGUGUUCUUGUACUUUGUGUCCCUGUCCACCUGCAGCCAGAGGGCUCUUGUGGACAGCCCUGCGGGGUCGGCCAGAGGCUGAUGAGCCGCCUGGGCACCAUGAUCUGAGCCCCUGUCCAUCUGUCCGUCUGCCCCAUGGGCUCUGUGCAGGGCCGUUGGCCUUCCUGCCCCCAGUGGUUGUCUUCAUGGGAACGUCGAGUGGACCCCUGUCGAGAUCUGAAGGCUGGGGCGGAACCCCUUUGGGGGACGGGGGCCAUGGGGAUCUGAAGGCAGGGGCAGAACCCUUUGGGGGGCCGGGGCCAGAUCUCCCCUCUGUGCAAACGCAGGGAAAGCCUCAGCAGCAGGCAGAGCGGGGUGGGCCGGCCGCUCGGAGCCCGCGGCCACACAGCCCUCCCUCGAGCUGCAGGAAGCAGGAGGCUGGGUUUCUCAGGAGAGUGGCCUUCUAGAGGUUAAGAUGUGACACACCUGUGCCUUAGCAAGCAAUCUAAACGAUAGGUCACCUCCCUCCGGCUCUCGUAGCUCCUUCUGAGAUGAAGGACUGGAAUGUUCCGCGGGGAUCUCAGCAGCACGCCUGUGAGCUGACCGGCCGGAGGAGCCCUGAUUGCCUCCUAGCCCUAGCUGGCCAGGCUCCCCAGCCGCCCCGGAUGCUGCCCCUCGGCUCCCGGCUGGCCGGCUCGGGGUAGGACAGGGACCCUCUGUGUCACACACUGCCACGCCGGACGCCAGCCUCUCCAAAAGCCCGGACCAGCCAGCCUUGUUCUUUGCACUCCACACCCAUGCUUGCUUUGGCUGCUCGUGCUGGGCGCCAUGUGGUGUCCCAAGGUGGCCGUGGUUCCUGAGGACAUGCCCGGGCCUGGGUCCCCUCGGGUCUCAAGCUGUAGGUCUCCCGGGUGUCCCUGAACGCCCCCUAGCCAGCCUCUGCGACCGAGAGGCAUGCGCUGCACUGACCGUGGGGCCGCGUCCCCUGCUGCGUGCGGGACUGAGCAGGUGUGGCCCCAGGUGGGAGAACCGCAUGCGCAUCCACCUUUGUUACUUCGUAGUGGGUUUUGUUACGGGAGAGUGUCCUGGAAAUAAACACUAUAGUCCUUCCUGCA